AUGACUGAGAAUUACAGCUUUCCGUCUCAAAAAUGGUCUGAAAACCAAAUCAGACUUUCAGAAUUCCUUUUCACAAAUUCACAAAUACGAACCCGAAACAUCCGUGAUUCUCACCAACGCUAUGUUAACCUUCGAACACAAGAGAUGUUCGAUAACCUGGUUGAUUUGUAUGCCAGAUUGUUUAUGACUCAGUGGCAUCAUUACAAGAAAUUUAUGAAAUACUCAUUUCCUCCUCCACCAGGCGUGUCUCCACAUAUUUACGCUGCUCGAUGCUACAUUUCCAUGUGGUUCAUCGACCUUUAUGUCUCCAAUCGGGAGGCUGUAAUCAAUCUUUAUUCCAUUGCGUUUGACGAGCGAUAUCAUGAAGAACUCACGCGGGUUCCCCACGAGUAUGAUUCUUAUCUGACAUUACUCAACGCUUCAAUCCGCCCCACUCAUAUUAAAAAUGCUCUUGAUAACGUCCAAUAUGUACCCAUUAUAUCUGACUCUAUCAAUGUCAACGAUUCAAAUCCCUUUGGCAUUAACAACUUUACACCUGAAGAAGACCUCUUUUAUGGUUUUACCCGAAUCAUGAAAGAAGGAAAGUGUUGGUGUUUCACACAACUCUCUGGGGAUCCAAACGGUCGACCAUGGUGGUUAUUUGAUUGGCACAGCGACAAUCGUGUUUGUUCUUGGUUUCCACCUGAAGAUAAUUACAAUCUCGAGGAUCUCACCCUGGCUUUUAUUCUUGGAACUGCAUGUACUCCAAAUCUUGGAGUGAGGGAUGUUGAUGAUUGGCAGUUCUUUGCUGAAGGCAUUGUACCACAGAAUCCAAAUCCAAUGAACUACAAUCGUGUAAUUGACAGAAGGUUUUAUGGCUCCUAUGAAGUUAGGACCAUGGAGAUCCAGACCAGAUUAGGUGAAGAAGCUCAAGAAGUUGACCGAGAAAUGCCACGUUUUAAGUUAAUCGACUGGGUGUAUCACCAUCGUGUUGUUCUAGAAAUGGACAACCACAAAAGGACCAUUGCCCAUAGACGUAUCUCACUUGCUUAUCAUUAA